AUGUCUGGAGAAUCGGAAACUUCUGCUGCAAGCGCUACGCGCACGGAUGAUCUCAUGUCCAUACCUUCAGUGGAAGAACUUAGAGAGUCGUUGGAAAAUCUAAAAUGGAACAUAGGAGAGUCAGAGGAAAUGAGUGAAGAAGAGAAGAAUGAUUAUGCGGACGCCAUACGUAGAUUGGAGGAGGCGUUUAACUCAAAGGAAGAAGCAAAAGUGUUGAGUGCCGUUAGUGGAGAUGUGUCAGCCUGGGUGGACAAGUACAAACAUGUGAGGGUUCGCAUGAACGUGGAAAGCAUGGUUGGAUUUUCUUUCGCAGGACGUACCGUUGCCACUCUUUUGCAAAACUUGUGCCACAUGACCGUCCAAAACAGUAAGCCUUUAGAUGAAUUCAAAGACUUGGUGUCAGACGUGUUAACACGCAUCGACGGUUGCAAGGUGCUUGUGAAAGAUGCUGUUAAGGAUGGCAUGGAGGUGUUAAAGACCAAGGUGGAGGAUGUUCAUGACCGUGUCUCUAUGUGUCGCGAAGAGUUUGAAGAAGUCGCCAAGUGGAUUCCGCCCGCUCGGCAAAGCAUAGAAGAGAGUAAAGAAGACAUUUCUCGAGUUCACAAGUGUUUGAGUGGUCGCGUAGAGGAAUUGAGAGAUGAGGUUGAAAGUAAUGCAACUACACCUUCACACGAGGUUGAAAGUGUAGAGAAAGAAAUGAAGACGAGAAUGGAUGUCUUUAGUCGUGAUUUGAGAGAAGUCAAAGAAGAUGUGGAGAGCAUUGAGAAACCUUACGAGGAAGAGUUGCAGGCUAAGAAAGAUGAGUUGAAGGAAAUCGAAUCCAAGAUAAAGAACGAAAAAGAGAAAUGGCAAUUUGGAGAAUGCGAGGCCGUUCGCUUUGAAGAGCUCACCAAAACGAUGGUUACUGUGGGUGAACGCAUGGAGGCCAUAGAACAAAGAUUGCUCAAGACAGAGGAGAGGGGUUAUGUGCAGUUGGAAGGCAACAUCGACGAUUGCAGUGCACGUUACGUUGAGAUGCAAGAGGGAUAUCGCACCAUAUUGCGUUACGUGCGUACAUUGGAGGACGAGCUUACUGCAGCCAAAAAGGAUUGGAGGAAGGAGAAAAUUGUUAUGCAGACUUACUGCGAUCAUGCCAUAGAGGUGGGGAAGAAUUAUCGCAGCGAGUAUCGCUCCGAAGUGUCAGAAAAGCUCACCGAAUGCAAUACUGACGAUGAAUACGGCACAUUCGAAGACGAAAUCGAAAAACGUGCAACCAAAUACCUGUCUCCAUCUCAACAGUUAGAGCGAUUUGCCUUGGUAAAGAAGAAAGACAAGACGGCUACCGAGUUACUGAAAGAGCAAGAUCCUGAAUACAUGGCCUUUAAGAAGAGCUGUGACUUUGUCAAUGCAAGCGUGCUAACGUACAUUCAAGAUCAAAAGAAACAACUCAUGAAGGAUUGCGGGGCAGAUGAAAAUUGUGGGGAUGACGAAUCUACUCACACGGGAGAGGGUGAGGCAGGAGAUACAGAAGAUGAAAGCGAGGUUGAUGACGACAACUGGCGGCAAGACAUACAUGCAGUUGGUGUGGAAUUGCAAGGCAUUAAGAAGUACUCGCACGACCUUCAUAGUGAAGUCAUGGCUUACAAGGCUAGUCUAGAAGAAGCCCUAAAGUUGCCUGAUAGGUUGAAGGAGUUUGAAGAACGUGUGUCCAAGUUCGAAAACACUGUCUCUAUUGAUUAUGCUGCCUUGCAUAAGUCUAUUGCUGCAUUGCACAAGAAACACGAAGUCGAUCAACUCGUUGCUGCCAAUGCUCAUGCUCAGGAAACGUAUACCGUGCGUAGCAUUAAAAAUAAUGUGACCAAGCUGUCGGAAAUCCGAGAAGAUCACGAGGUGGUGGCCGAAAAGGUGCGACAACACGAGCGAGUCUUGCAAGACCUUGUGAAAGUGGCAGACAGGCUGAAAACCGUGGAGAGUGUCAUAGACGCCUUAAACGAAGAGGUUGUGAGCGAGGAAGUGGCCGUUAAAGAAGGUGACGAAGGAGACAAAGUCGCACCAGUGUACGACGAAGGUGAGGACAUUCAAGCCAUUUCCAAGCGUCGCAUGCUUCGUGCCAAACCAUACGCUGCAUUGGCCAGACGCCCCAAAGCCCCUUUGAAGCGUACCGACAGCAUCACACGGCCUUUGGUGCGAGAACCCAUCAUCGUACCCGAUUUUCAACCUGUUUUCAUGCCAGCAGGUAAACCACAUGCCAUCCUAGACGAGGGUGGUGCUAAAGAGAAACCGUGCUUUGUCGAAAGAAACAAUGGCGUGCGCGAUGACUCCGAAAAAGUAUGUCAAAGGGCUGAACCUGCUGAAGAAGCAAGUUAA